CUCACUUUGUUUGAAAAGAGAAAGAGAAGAGGGAUAAGUCUGAAGAGCCUGAAGUCUGAAGGAGGUUAAUAUUUUUUGGAAAGAAGACAACUGGUAUUAUAACUGACUUGGAAGAAAAUCAUGAGUAAUUUCUAUCAUGAGUUGGACGUGGAAACUGUAUUGCAAUGCCCUGUUUGUUUUGAACUUCCAUCAAAUGUAAUUUUUGUGUGCAAAGUUGGUCAUCAUAUGUGUGAAAAAUGUAGAAAGCGAUUAACAACAUGCCCAACUUGCCAGUCAGCUUUGACUUCUACUCGCAAUUUUCUUGCAGAAGCUCUGAUAUCAAAGUUUUCAAUAUUCAGGGGAGGUGGUGAUGCUCCAUUCAACAAUAACUCAUUGCCCGACAGUGGAGGUCAGAGAGUACAGCCAGACUCGAGUACAUCGGUGGUGGCUGAACUGCCAGAGAACCUCGGCCCAUUGCGACCCCUGCCCAUGUCUUCCGGCCUCUACACUUGUCUGCUUGAGUCCUGCCGCAACCGUGGUCCUAUCGCCAACGGUUGCCUCUACAAACACAUCGAGGUCGUCCAUGCUCACCUAUUUGAUAAAUUUCAGAACAAGGUGGCCACUUUUACACACAACUUCGAUAAUUUUUGCAAGAUGAAAGGCAGAGGCAAAUACCACAGGGCUUUUCACGUUUCCAACAUGGGGAUCUUUUAUCUGUGCUUAGAGAUUCUAGAGGAUGGCUACCUUAACUGCUGGCUCUCCGCACCCAUCCCACUGUCUAGAGCUAACUGUUUCCAGUACCAAAUCCAGUUUUCAAAAGAAAAUGAUGAUGCCAAAGUGACUUUUUCCAGCAAGAUGGGGUCCAAUCUACUAAAACCACAGUGGCUGUUUGAAAGAGGCCGGGUGAUGAUCAUUCCUCCAUCCGUCACCAAUCUCAACAUGGGCGAGUUUUUCUCUUUCAGUGUAAAGAUUGUCUACCGACCUCCCAAUCCCAUCCCUCCCACCCCUCUCACCACAACUUCAUGACAAAAGAAAGUUUUUGGUUUCAUUGCCAACACGCUAAAAUGUCAAUUAGGCCUUCUGAAUAGAAGUUUGAUAUCCUUGCAUUACAUCAGUGAUGUAUGAAUGUAAAUUUUAAGAUGUACUGUUUACCAUCGGCGAUUUUUAUUAUUUUAUUCAUUCUUUCCAUUACAUUAAGUUAAGAAGUGUCAUAGUUUUAAGUUUUCCAGUAAUUCGUGAAUAGAAAUAUUACUAAAUGGUUUCUAAAUGAAUGUUUUUAUUAAUUUGAUACAAUCUUUAACCAAAGUGUUUUGCACAACGAAAGACUCAAAAUAUUGAUAGUUGAUUAUACAUAUAUGUAAAGAGCUAGUCAAGGGAAUGUUUAUUUUUCUAAUCAUUGUUGUAUGAAUUGAAGCUCAAGAUUACAUUUUUAGUUUGUUGGUUGAAAAUUAAAAAUUGAUCUGAAUAAAAAUUUACAAAAAAUAA